UUGCUCCUAAUCUUCUGAGGGGGCAUAUAAAAGACUCAUCACCCCUCCACUGCUCCCACGGGAAGACCAGUGUGGACAUCCACUCAUUCACAGAGGAGGACCCAGUCAUCAGUUUGUCAAGCCAUCUUUACAUAAACUACAUCACGAGGAGUGAAGACAAAAACUACAAGUGACCCACAGCUAUGAAUCUUGAGCCACCCAAACCAGAGAUCAAGUCAGCCACCCGUGUCACCGGGGGCCCUGCGACACCACGCAAAGGACCACCAAAGUUCAAGCAGAGGCAGACCCGUCAGUUCAAGAGCAAGCCACCAAAGAAGGGUAUACAAGGUUUUGGAGAUGACAUCCCUGGCAUGGAAGGGUUAGGCACUGACAUCACUGUCAUUUGUCCCUGGGAGGCCUUUAACCAUCUGGAGCUUCACGAGUUGGCUCAGUAUGGCAUCAUCUGAGUCCUCCACCUUCCCAUCAUCCUCUGUACACAUUUAGACCUUUCCUGUCAUUUGCUCCAGACUUCAUGUCUUCACCGUUGUCAAUGGCUCCAAGAGGACCGUUCCCAUUUUCAUAACAAAAUGAAGAGCAACAUUUACAAAAAUGGAAAAACAAUGAAAAGUGUAAUCUAAAUAGGUGCCCUCUUGGUUUCUUUCCUUUCUGGCCUCUGUAAAACCUGUUUCUGUUUUCAUAGACACACUUCUAUAUCAUCUUCUCUUUUUCCAUCACGUGUUCUCUCUUUCUUGCGAAACACAAAAACAUGCAAGACAGCCUCUGAGCUAUACAUGCCCUGUCCCUGCUUCUCAUUUCACGUGCCUCGGUGUCACCUCUGACCAACAUCACCGAGUUUUUAAGAAAAGAUCAAAGUCCUGUAGAGAGUAGACAUUCUGCUGGAUGUCCUUUUGGCAGAGAUUCUGCAUUUAUAAUGAUCCCCAAAUCUCAUUGGACAGUGGAGAGUUUAUAUACAAGAAGCAAGGACACAUUCAUUUGAAGCUAAAACUCUUGGAUUCAGUAAGUUAUCUCUCAGAUAUGAUUGUAGGGUAGCUGUGUUGGGCUGUCAUCUCUUGUGUUUCUUUCAUCAUUUUGUGUUAUAGUUAUUUCAUCCUCCAUCAUCAUCAUCAUUCAGCAUCAUGUUAUUAUUUUGUCCCUCUUUAGUACUUAAGUAUAGAGUCAUGUAGUGGUAUAAUUUCAUUUACAUUUGUAUGUUUUAUUGUAUGUUUUUUAUUUGAUGUAUUAAUUAUACUGUAGCACCGACAAUUUUAUUCUAAAAAUCUUUAUUUUCUAUUACUGAUUCUAUCCUUUUCACUUUUGUUUGUUGAUAUUUGCUUGUGUUUUAUGCAUGCUUUUUAGAGAACACCAUUUAUUGUUUAAGGUACUUUGUUCAUUCCAUCAGUUUAUCCAUCAGUUUAGUCAUAGUUAGGAUUUCAUCUAUGUUAAUGAAUUGUAGCAUUCUAGUAGCCCAUUUCUACCACAGUCAGCUCCACAACCAAAAUAAAUCAUAUAAUUCCAAGAAUAAAAGAUAUUUUGCGCAAGCAUGUUCAUUUUCACACAGACACUUUACAUGCACUUUUGUGUGUUCUUUUAAAAUCUCAAGCUCGAGUUAACAUUUUGGCCUGUAUUUUGUAGCGAGGGGAUUCAGACUCACACCCUGUGUACCACAUUUUAUGGUGGACUCCUGACAACAUCACGUUUUCUCUCUACAGGGUGAGAUCAAAAUAAAUUUUGAAAAAAGUGAGAAAA